AUAUAGAUAUAUUAGAAAUUAUCUAUACAAUAAACUUUGUUAUAUUAUAAAGUCAUGCUCAUAUGAGCCAUGACCAUAUUAUAAAAUUAUUUAUACACUUCCAUUCCAUUUAUAAAUAUAAAAAAAAUUAACGUAACUACUUAACUACAGAAAAACAAACAAUUACCACAACCCCCAAUUGUUCUUCUUCUAGAUACCCUUUGAAUUUUUCUCUCCACAAAUCUCUUCUUCCCUUUUUCUUCUUCUCUCAUCAAUGAAGAACAUUCAAGAUCAUCAGUUUCCCAAUGGAAUCAUCAAAUAUUACAAGUUUAACACCAAAAAACUCGUCCUCUUAUCAUUUAUCUUCCUAAUUAUCCUUACCAUCGUCCCUGUAUACCACCCUUCUAUAAAUUACUCAUCUUUUUUCUUCAGUACUAGUAAUAAUAAUAACGUUGAUAAUAAUAAUUAUUCGUCCUCGUCGUCGCCGUCGUCGUCUCCGUCGGAGAAAAAUGUUGAUAUUAGAAUACAGUCGUCGUCGACGCACAAGUGUGACAUAUUUUCCGGGGAAUGGGUUCCGAACCCGGAGGCUCCGUACUACACGAACGACACGUGUUGGGCCAUACACGAGCACCAAAACUGCAUGAAAUACGGGCGACCCGACUCCGAAUUCAUGAAGUGGAAGUGGAAACCCGACGGGUGUGACUUGCCCGUUUUCAACCCGGCUCAGUUCUUGGAAUUAGUUAGAGAUAAAUCCUUGGCUUUUGUGGGUGACUCUGUGGCCAGAAACCAAAUGCAAUCUCUCAUUUGCCUACUUUCAAGGGUUGAAUAUCCAAUUGACGAGUCAUUUACCAAAGACGAACAAUUCAAACGAUGGAAGUACACAACCUACAAUUUCACCUUAGCCACAUUCUGGACACCCCAUUUGGUAAAAGGCCAAGAAUCAGACCCAAACGGCCCAACCAAAACGGGCUUGUUCAGUCUCUACUUGGACGAGUUGGACGAGACAUGGACGACCCAAGUUGAGGAUUUCGACUAUAUCAUACUCUCAGGGGGCCAUUGGUUUAUGAGGCCCAUGGUCUUCUACGAGAACCAUAAGAUAGUUGGCUGCCACUUCUGCCAACUACCAAAUGUGACCGAUUUGGGUAUGUACUAUGGGUAUAGGAGAGCCAUGAGGACAGCUAUGAAAGCCAUUAAUGGGUUAAAAAACUACAAGGGUGUUACUUACCUUAGGACUUUUGCACCAUCCCAUUUUGAAGGUGGGUUAUGGAACCAAGGAGGGAAUUGUGUGAGAACGGCGCCGUUUAGGAGCAAUGAGACCCUUUUGGAGGGUCCAAAUAUGGAGUUUUAUAUGACCCAAGUGGAGGAGUUUAGGAAUGCUGAGAAGGAAGCAAGGAAAAGAGGGUUGAAGUUUAGAUUGCUUGAUACAACUCAAGCCAUGUUGUUGAGGCCAGAUGGUCACCCUAGUAGAUUUGGUCAUUGGCCCAAUGAGAAUGUGACUUUGUAUAAUGAUUGUGUUCAUUGGUGUUUGCCUGGACCUAUUGACACGUGGAAUGAUUUCUUGCUCGAGAUGAUCAAGACUGAACGGUUGAGAUCUGCUGCGGAGAGCCUUCAGUUUUCUGACCGAAAAUUGCUAGUGAGAUAGAUAGAUUUUAUUUUUUCUCUUCCUUUUUGUGUAUUUAUGAAAGAUUAUUUUUUUAAUUAUUAUUUACUUUUACUGAUUAUUACUUAAUUAAUAAGAUACGUGAUUAAGGUUUGAGAUU